AGGACCAAUGAAGGCUGCAUUAACAACGCUUCACAAUUAGGGUAGACUUCUAUGGGUAGCAGCGCUUUGAGUGGAAUUUGGACAAAGUUCCUUUCUUUGAUAAACCACCACAAGAAAGAAACAGACAAAUCCACAGAAGAAAGAGACCCGCUAUCCACCUGCGUGAGGGCGUUUUAAAUCCCGGCAGAGUAUUACCUGUUUAAUUCCAGGUGGUUUCUUCUCGGAAUUGAACAGAAAGGGCAUUGUGUGUUCGGAAUCAAGGUGUGUGAUGUGUUCGAGUGGCACAGGGUUGUGUGGGUCGGGUGGUGAGGGUGGUGCCCAGCGCAGGUCCACUCAGAGCAGCUCCGGCUCCCGUUACGCCCUCUGUGCCCUGGGCGUGGGCCUUGUGGCGCUCGGCGUGGUCAUGAUCAUCUGGACCGUCGUUCCCCUGGACGCCGCCACCAACCAGAACGACACGUUACUCAAGCCCCACCCCACGGACGGGCCAGACGAGGAGGAGGAGUCCAAGACCAAGACGUCGUCCGUGGCGUUCGUGCUGGUGGGGUCAGGAGCGGCCAUCCUCCUGCUGGCCGUGUGCCUGGGCGUCCGGGAGAAGAAGAGGGUCCAGCGUAGAGGCGCCCAGCAGGACACAGCAGGGGCCCAGUUCAGCGACCAAGAAGAGGAGGCGGACUCGUCGGCUGAGCCGCCCCCUAACUACGGCGUGCCGAGCUAUGAGGAGGCGGUGGGCAGCGGUCAGUACCCGAUCCGGCAGAGCAACCUGCGCAACAGCACGACCCACCUGCCCUCCUACGAGGACCUCAUCGCCGCCGUGGAGAACGAGGGAGACGGAACCGACCCUGGGCCCAGCACCGCCCCCCCUCUGGACCCGCACACCCCCCCGGCCGUCACCGAUGCCCCCGCCCCCCCCGCCCCCCCCCAGCGGAGCACCAGCCGGGCCAGCCGAAUCCUCCGUCCACUGCGCGUGCGACGCUUCAGGUCCGAGAAGCUGCACCUCAAAGAGAUCCGGCUCAACAUCAACCCCCCGGCGCCCGGCACGGUGGUCAUCGAGCCCAUCACCCCCCCGCCACAGUACGACGGAGAGAAGCUGCCCGAGUUGUGAACACUGCCCCCUGGUGCAGGGGAGGGGGACAGCAGCAGGAGCGCUUAGGAGCGCAUGUCCCAGGGACAAGCCUCACACACACACACACACACGCACGCCGGACACCUGCUCUCACCUGACUCCCCCCACACACAC